AUGGCGAAAAGCAGAUCUCAAAUUGCACCCCGCUCCCGUGCAGCACGGAGGGCAGCAUCUCCAAGUUUGGACCUCGACAAGUCUGUGACUUCUCUGCCACGAGCGGAAUCUCCCUCGGAUAGGCCUUCGAUCCUGGCUGAUCGUUCCAACGCCGGUAUUCACAAAAAGCAGAAGAAGAAUGACAAGGUUUCGAGGGCCCAGCGCCAAAGACAGCAGAAGGGAAUGGACAGAGCCGAAGCUGUGUCAGAUCAACUGGCAAUCAAAAGGGCUAAAAGUAUAGCUCGCGCAAAGGUCAUCGAUUCUCGAAGGGCUGAUUGGGAAGAGACCAACCGCAAAGCCUUGGUUUUUGCCGCUCUCCAACAAGAUGAUGAGGAGGAUGAGGAUGAUGAUGACGAUGAAAUGGUCAAAGAUGAUGCGCCUACCAUUCCUGUUGCAAAGAACGUCUUCGAAAUCGAAAUGGAGAAUGAAGAUUCCAAACCCGCAACGAACAACCCUGCCACCACGGAGGAGGCCGACGAAAUCACCUGA